AACCUCAAUUUGAUUUUUUCUCAAUUUCUUAUUCAAAUCAUUAUUUAUGCAGUUAAAGUUAUUGAAAAUGAUAAUCUUAGCAUAGUAAGAAUGAAAAACAGUCAUCCUUUGUGUGAAUUAAUGAAAUUUUAGAUGAAAAUUCAAAAUCUCAAGAUUUGAGUAUUUUGGGAAUUUUGCCGUUGAAUACAGAAGAAAAUAAUUAGAUAUCUGAAAAGCAAUUUAAAGAAGCAUUAAAACUACAAGAUUUCAUAAAUAAAUAUAGUUAUUAAAAAAAAAUUAAAUAACAUUUAAACAAAUUAAAUUAGUGACAUUUCAAAUGUUAAAGUUGGUAAUAUCAGAAAAUUUUAGAAACGAAUUUCAAGUUAAUGGAAUUGACCAAUCAGGGAACACUAUUUUUCAAUUUCAACAUUAAACAAAGGAAAAUUAAAAAUUUUAGUGACAUUUUGAACUUGAGAGAAAACACACGCAAAUUUUGUCUCGUCGAACAUUAUAAGCAACGUUUUAGGUUAUGUAAAAAGAUAAAUGUUGACAUAACCUCAAAAAAAGUAAUUUGAACAAUUUCGCCGAUUCAAAGAAAAGAAAUAAUAAUCAUAAUGAAGAAACAUCAAUUUGGUUCCCAUUCCUGACAAUCCUAGAACCCUUACCGUGGCCUUAUUUAUCAUAUAACCAACAGACUAAGCUAAGUAUUGUUAUUUUCUUUAGAUUUAUUCAUGUUAAUGAUGUUAAUGAAUUGUUUAGUGAACAAUUCUCUUACAUUCAAUACGAAAGAUAAUUCUGAGAUACUACUCAUAAUAAUUCAUUUCAUAACUCCUUAUUAAUUUAUUUAUUUUUGCUUUUUGCUAAAGUUUUACGGAGGUGUUUCAGCACGUAUUAACCUAAUUUAUAUCACUUUGUCAUAAUCACAUUUAAUCAUUUGUCAUCACAUUUAUAAAAAGUCAUAAAAAUGAAAUUACAGACUAUUUUACGUAUUAAAAUGUUUCUACCUACUCUUAAUAAGUUAAUGCGACCUACAUGGCGGGACUGGGUUUAUAAACGAUACUGGGGUGAUAAAUAUAAAUUUAAAGAGCACAGCAUUUUCGAAGAGAUCGAUGCGCCGGUAUUUAAAUCGCCAGGUCAGAAAAAGGUUAAGGCAUCUAUGAACAUCGUUUCAGAAAUUUCUAAAUUACACCUGUAUAAAAUAGUGGCUUACGGAUCUCCAGUGAAGUAUGUAUUGGAAGAUUUAUUACCAAAUUUAACGAAAUUGUGGGUGACAAAGUCUGCGUAUCAUAUAAAAGGUGAAACCGAUUUAGUUCACUCAGUUAACGAGGAAUCUAAGGAGCCGCAAGAAACAUUUAUUUUUAGGGAUGGUGUUGUCGUGUUUUGGAACUUUAUUAAUAAAGAUAUCAAAGAUGUGAUGGAUGUAUUGUCUAAGCAUCAAAUUUUUGGGUAUGAUAUUGAUAAUGAUAUGCAAGCCUCCGAUAUCCAUUAUUAUAAGGUUACCAAUAAAACCCGAUGCUGUUCAGUUGGUGCGGAUGGCGUUAUUUCAAUUCCACGUGAUAAUAAUUUUCACGUAAAGUAUGCAACAUCUUGUAUGCUUGCAACAUCAGUUAGCUUAACGAUAUGGCAAAAGCUUAUACAAAUUUACUUGAGUAAUAUUCUAGAGCGAGUCGCCGACGACAUUAAUUUGGGUUACAGGAUAUCAGCGUCAGAGAGGGACGUCGAACAACUGCAAGGCAGCUUGUCGACUGUUAUCUUCUUUAUGGAAAUUAACGAUCAAGUUUAUAAACCUGUAACUGAAGAUAAAGAAUCAAACGUAAACGAAUUUCAUAAAGAACUUUGGAUACUAAACAGUAUACCAAGAAGAAUAAAAAACGUUGAAAAACAUUUAUCUCAUUGUAAAGAGAUUUGCAAUUUGCUUCAUGUUUUGUACUCGUAUAAAAAGCACACAAAUUCGUUUAUAAUAUAUUACCUGAUAACGGUUUCUAUAUUAAUUUUGUCCAUAUUGAAAUAUUUCAAUGGUAUUCAAGACACAAAGGCAACUAGGUUGAUGGAAGAGUUAGCAAAAGAAAGUAUGCAAGCAUUAUAAGUAAAAAUAAAUUUCAAGUCAACUCUGUGCAGAAUCAAGACUGAAUAAAGUCUUCAUAAAGCCUGCAUUGAGACAACUUGGUAUAAAGUUUUCAUCAUCUCUACAUCAAGGUUCACUUCGUUUGUAGCAAGUUUGUGCAUUGAGUGCAACAUAUUUUUUUUGUAUAAUAGCUAUUUGAGCUCUGACAGUUUCUGCGACUAAAUAGUGGCCAGGCCCAAGGACAGUGGAAUCUAAUGGACCUUCUUCACUAUGGCUUAUCAUGGACCACUGCGAGCCAUUGUGUAGAGGGGUGAUGGCGUGAAGUGGUCAUAAGUAGCGGAUAAUGGUGAUGAUAAUGGCAAAGGAUGGUUUUGGGAGCGGUGGCAUUGCUUAACCAUUUCGGUCGUCAACAAAACCUGUUGCUUACUGUGGUCCAUUAGGUAGGCCAUCUAGACUAUACCACUGUGUGGAAGCAAACAUGCUAGCCAUCAUCAAUGGUGGCCAUCAUGGCGACCAUUCUAGUGGUCUAUCAUGAGCCAUAGUGAAGAGGGGCCAUAACAGGACUGCUACAUCCAUUGUUGUGACAACGUGUCACACCAUUUACCACACCCAGUCAGCUGUUAUUGUUACUAUGCGUUUGCUGUUAUUUUUAGAGGUUAAAUCGUAUA